AUGGAGUCAUCCGACGGCGAAGCGGGAGAGCCGGAGCCGUACAUCGAGGAAGUUUCCAGGCAGCGAAUUAGUUGCUGGAACUGCGGGCAGCCGGACCACGGAUUCCGUGACUGCGCAUCGUCGGAGCGGAAGAUCUUCUGCUACCGCUGCGGGAAGCCAGAGGUGAUCACACCGAACUGCCCGCCACCAACAAUUAAACCUAUAGUAGAGAGUAAUAAAAUCGUCAUUAAGAAUAGCAAUAAGCUGAGAUACUUACCAGCGGAGGAACGGAUGCAGAAGUACCUCGAGGUUCGGAACCGAAUAUUUGCCAACCACCAGAUAGACGGGAUGCGGAGCGUCAGCCGGAGGCUUUUAAAGGCCAGAUCACGAUUCCGGCAGAGGCAUCAGACGCGACGUGCCGUGGUUGAAGCCGUUCGUCGGGGCAUGGGAGGUGAUCCCAGGGUGAUUGCCGAGGUCCGGAUACAUGGCAAGCCCAUUUCCGGUUUGCUGGACACAGGCGCGUCCAUUAAUGUCCUGGGAAAAGGCAGCCGUGAAAUGCUGAAGGAGCUCGGGGUCCGCAUGGACAAGUACACGUCGAUCGUGAGGACUGCGGCGGGAGAAGACCGGUCAAUUAUAGGUCGAGUACACGUUCCGGUAAAAUUCAAGGGAGUGGAGAAGGUACUUACCUUUUACGUAUGCCCGUACCGGGAGCAAGAGCUAUACCUUGGGAUCGAUUUCUGGAGGAAAUUCGCGUUGGCACCGGCUAUCUUCGGAGAGCUACCAGCAACGAAACCGAAGGCGAACGUGGAGGAAUUGUGGGACGCAACAAAUCCGUGGCUGGAUGGAAAAGCCGGUAAAGAGUCUGUAAUCGAGGAGUGGAACCUGCAAGAAGAAGACAAAAAUCGGUUAGAAGCGGUAAAGAAAGAGUUCCUAGCGUUCGAGGACGUCGGUCUGGGUAAGACAUCGGUGGAGACACAUCGGAUCCAGCUCGUGGAAGGCGCAGAGCCGUUUAAGGAUCGGUAUUAUCCACAAUCGCCAGCGAUGCAGGAGAUUGUGUGGGCCGAAGUCGACAAAAUGCUGGAGCUGGGCGUGAUCGAGGUCAGCGAGAGUCCGUGGAGUAACCGCACGACAGUGGUGCGAAGGCCGGACAAAAAUAGGUUCUGCUUAGACGCACGGAAGCUGAACAACCUCACCGUGAAGGAUGCUUAUCCGCUGCCAUGCAUCGAGGGAAUCCUGUCCAGAAUCGAGCAGACCUACUAUAUUUCAAGCGUCGACUUGAAAUUCGCAUUCUGGCAGUUCGCCAUGAUGCCGUUUGGCCUGUGCAAUGCGGCGCAGCGGCUAUGUCGACUGAUGGACAAGGUGAUUCCAGCGCGGUUGAGAUCGAACGUCUUUGUGUACCUGGACGACCUGCUAUCAUCGCUCCAGACUUCGAGACCCAUCUAA